CAUCCGUUUGGGAUCCUAAGCUCAAAUACAGCAAACAAUGCAGUAGAAUAACAAGCCAAAGUCUACCUCUGAAUGGAUAAAGAAAAUAAAGGUUUUUGCGUGUCCAAAAAAACAGAACAGUAGAAAAAUGGAAGAAAUCUUUAUUUGGCUGGCGGUUCUUCAUCCCAUCACAUCACACAUUCUCAGGGGUUUCACUCACUCAGUUAUAGUAGCUCUGUCCGUCUGCACAGCGGCCGCUUCAGACUGGCCUGGCAACCUUUGUCAAAGGCGACAAGCAGCCAAAGCCAAUGGUAAGCACAGCGCAGGGAUUUUAGAGCUGCAGACCUUGCACUGCUGCUGCGCUGCCCUUCAGUAUCGAGCCGAGUAUUUCAAGGGAGGAGACGUUCCCGUACACGGAGCCCCAAAGCCAGCGAUGCCCGGAUCCUCACCGGCCAGCAGCAAGGCUCGGGUAUACACCGACGUCAACACACAGAAGAACAGAGAGUACUGGGACUAUGAUGCACAUGUGCCAAACUGGAGCAAUCAAGACAACUAUCAGCUUGUGCGUAAACUGGGCCGAGGGAAGUACAGCGAGGUGUUCGAGGCUAUUAAUGUGACAAACAAUGAGAAGGUCGUAGUCAAAAUCCUCAAGCCUGUCAAGAAGAAGAAGAUCAAACGGGAAAUAAAAAUCCUUGAAAACCUGCGAGGAGGAACCAACAUCAUCCGUCUGGUGGACACUGUCAAAGACCCAGUGUCCAGAACACCAGCGCUUGUCUUUGAGUACAUCAAUAACACAGAUUUUAAGGAGCUGUACCAGAAGCUGACAGACUACGAUAUCCGUUAUUACAUGUAUGAGCUGCUUAAGGCUCUGGACUACUGUCACAGUAUGGGGAUCAUGCACCGGGAUGUGAAGCCCCACAACGUGAUGAUUGACCACCAGCUAAGGAAGCUUCGUCUCAUCGAUUGGGGUUUGGCUGAAUUCUACCAUCCUGCUCAGGAAUACAAUGUCAGGGUAGCAUCUCGCUAUUUCAAAGGCCCUGAGCUGCUAGUGGACUAUCAGAUGUAUGAUUACAGUUUAGAUAUGUGGAGUUUCGGCUGCAUGCUGGCCAGCAUGAUCUUCCUUAAGGAGCCGUUUUUUCACGGCCAGGACAACUAUGACCAGCUGGUCCGCAUCGCAAAGGUUCUCGGCACAGACGAGCUGUUCGGCUACCUGCACAAGUAUCACAUAGAACUAGACACACGCUUUAAGGACCUGCUGGGACAGCAAUCCCGGAAGCGUUGGGAGCAGUUCAUCCAGUCAGAGAACCAGCACCUGGUGAGUCCGGAAGCCCUCGACCUGCUGGACAAGCUGCUGCGCUACGACCACCAGCAAAGGCUGACGGCCACUGAAGCUAUGAGGCAUCCAUACUUCUAUCCAGUGGUGAAGGAACAAGCAAACGCCAACACUGAAGGCACAAAGGCAAUAAGCAGCUCCAAUGCAACAUGAUAACCAGACAGCAGGACAAAUCUUUUUUCUUUUUUUUUUACCUCAACUUACAACCUUUUCUUGGCAGAAACCUCUGCUUCCACAUCAACAGCCAUACUGGAGCAAGAUGUCAGUUUUUUGCAGCACACACACAUUUACACACACAAACUCAACAAACGAACUGAACUUCUCCCAUCAAAGCCAAGGGAACCUGCAGUCCCAUUUGACCGGAUCUGACGUCCGUUUUUAAACAGUGACUGUCGUCGGAUCAGAACCCAGCCUCAUCGUUGCGGCAGCCGGAGAUCCAGUUCCAGGUUUUAGCACUGACGUGGAGGCUCUUUUCUGCUAUGAUAGAACAAAAGUUAUAUUGAAAGAGAAUAAACAGUUUUUAUUUAAAA